CCAUGGCCGACGCCCUCGUGCUGGUCACCAGCAUUCUGCAGGUGGCUGAUGUCGGCCUUCGCACAAGCCUGGGCCUGUACGCCUUCUUCACGGCCCUGCACAAAGCCAAACCCGAGUUCUCUCGCUAUCUCAUAGUCCUUCGUGACGUCCACGAUUCGCUCCGGCUGCUACAAAAGUGGGUCCUCGACUGUCCCGCCGAUACUGUGCUGGACGAGGAUGGAGGAUCGGCCUUGCGGCGGCAGCUAGUAAGCAUCACCGACGAGCUGUCGUCCAUCGAAAAUAUCACGGCCGGCAAGGACCCGUCCAAACCAACGGGGAAACUCCGAUGGGUUCUGAAAAAGCCCGAGGUUGAGCGGAAACUGCUCCGACUUGAAAGCCACAAAACCAGCCUUCUGAUCCUGCUUCAGGCCGUGGACAUGAGGAAGACCGCGCAGCUCCUGCAGGCGCAGACUUCCUUGGGCGCCAAAGUGUGCUCUUUGGAGGCUAGGAUCGAACAGCAAGGAAAGCUGUACCAGCAGAGCCUCGAGGAUAGCUUCGCUAGUCUGGCUCGAGGAAUCCACGGGUCAGACACGGAUGCGGGAUAUGCGGUCCGCCGGGCCCUGGAGGUCUACCUCCAGCCAAUGCUGGAAAAUGAGCUGGCUACAAUCAGGGCCAGGGACGACACAAAGAGGGCUGCUGAAAUGCGUGGAUUCUGUGCCAUACUUAACCAAGCCAGCUCGCGGAUCGACUCGCACAUCAGCCUUCUCGAAUCUCGCAAUAAACUGCCUCCAAAUCACGCCAUGGAGCCCUCACAACCGAUCCCUCCAAGGCAUUGCAGCGCCAUGCAAGAUUACCGGGGACUUGGCAGUUUGGGCGCUAUUUCUAGUCAUCAUUUCGAUGCAGCAACUAUCAGUCGCGGCGUGUACCCAGUUCCAGCGCCCCGCUGCGAGAUACCAAUCGGCACAUCAGAGUGGUCAUACUGGGCCAAUAUCCGUCGAGUGGGAACCUUCAGGCUCAGAUACUGGCUUAGCGCUGGCCCGCGGGGUAAGGUAUACAACUUUACCGCCUGUUUCUGGCCCUCGAGCACGGUAAUCUUCAAAACAGCGUUCUCUCUGAAGUAUAGCAACCGCCACGACGCUCACGGAUAUCUGCCGCUUUUUCCUUCCUUGGCCAUAUUCCCCGUCCUGCCGCGCGAUGACCCAGUGUGGGAAAUCAUUCGUCAAGACGAUCUUCCAGGCCUUAUGGCUCGCUUCAGCCAAAAGCUCAACACUCUAUUCGAUGAAGAUGCCGGGGGUGUCACUUUACUGAUGUGUGCCUCGAGAAACCAGAGCUACAAGAUUGUCGAGUUUCUCCUUCGUUACGGCGUGGACCCAAUGAGGUUGCCCCGCGACCUCCUAUAUGGCACCUCAUCCCAGGCACUAGCAGCGAUGGUCCUGUUUAAAGCAUUCCAGGCUUUUACAGGACGGGUUUCCUCGAGCAACGGGCCCGAUGAUGCGGACCUGCAAGCUUUCAGGUAUACGGUCCGCCUGCUUGUUGCCGCAGGUUGCGACAUCAACUCCUUCUCACCCGGUACUGCCAUUUCCAUGGCCAUGAACAAAGAGAACGGUCCAAAACGCAUGUGGGGGGACGGGACGAGAUCCCAGUAUCUCAACAGGGUCACGCAUCUGGCGGAGAUCCUCAGCCAGGAAGGGUACGACAUGCUCAGCUGGCUCGACCGCAGCGUGCUGGUCAUGGUCCUGCAUCGCCCUUGCGCGAGGUCGCUGCCCGUGCUGCGGGCUGUUGGGCUGACAGGAGGCUGCAGCCCCUCGAGCGACAAACCGGCUUGCUCGAAUGCGGUUCUCUAUCUCGUUCUCGAAGCUUGUGCCAUGGCAAUCUCGGGCGGGAAGCAGCAAAUCAGCUGCCUUGCUGCGGGGGAGAACCUGGUGGACGUUCUGGUGGACGGCUGCAACUUGUACGAUGUCGGAUGGCUCCACAACAACCCUUCUCUCAAUCGACCAAUCACACCUACUCUGGUUGCAGAGGAGCUAGGCAUUACGGCGACUUGGCGGUGGGCGCUGAUGGUGGCUGGUUUUGAUGUUGCCGAGGUCUUUGCGGAAGACGCGAGGAGGGUGCGGUGGUUCCGGCUGCAAAAAGGAGCGAAAUCGUCAGGGGUAGACAUGCAGGGCAGCGUGCUGCAGGGUUCCAUCAGGAGGAGACCGAGGGGAGCUGGUCGACGCUGGGCAUCUCGGAAGUCUCCCGGCACUGUCCCUAUAUAUCUCGACGCAGGAGGCAAAACAAGAAAGACGCAAUGAGUUGAGUUUGUGGUUCUGUCAGGGGCAGAGGCCUGAAAGCCCCCGCUUACGUCUUAUCUGGC